GGAGUAAGCUGUGAUUCAUGUUUAAAAAAUAACUUUCGAGGAAAACGAUAUAAGUGUUUGAUUUGUUAUGAUUAUGAUUUAUGUUCCACAUGUUAUGAAGCUGGGGCAACCACUACCAGACAUACAGCAGAUCAUCCUGUACAAUGUAUUUUGACCAAAACAGAUGUUGAUUUCUUUUACGGAGGAGAAGCUUUAACAGCAGAACAGCCUCAGUCUUUCACAUGUCCUUAUUGCUGUAAGAUGGGUUUUACAGAAACAACAUUACACGAGCAUGCUACAUCGGAUCAUUCUGAUGUGUCAACUGAAGUGGUUUGCCCAAUUUGUGCUUCACAUCCAGGAGGUGAUCCUAACCACAUGACUGAUGAUUUUGCUUCACAUUUAACGAUAGAGCACAGAGCUCCAAGAGAUAUUAUAUCCUUUUUUAUUCUUAUUUUUUUUUCAUUUCAUUUCACAAACAUGCUUUUUAAACUUUCAAUUUUGAUAUUAUCCUUAACUUUGUUUCACGAUGAACCAUCAGGGAUGAGACAUGUUCGACGUAUACCUCAUCCAGGUCGUGGAGUAAGUGGUUCCAGAACUAGAAGAGCUAAUAUGCAUUUUGCUUCAGCUGGUAAUACGUUAACUGGUUUAUCAUCUAGUAAUAGGGAGACAAUGGAUCCUAUAGCUGGUAGGUAUUUCAUUCACACAGCAAGGCCUGUCAUAGAGACUAUAACAUUAUUUUUAUAUAAGGGACAGAGAUGUACAUGA